UGGCCUUUGAAGCCCAGCUGACUAUCAUACCUGUGAUUAAUAAGAUUGAUCUGAAAAACGCAGACCCAGAGCAAGUGGAGUCGCAGAUCGAAAAGACGUUUGACAUUCCCCGAGAGGAGUGCGUCAGGGUAAAAGACGGCGGACAUGUUCGCUGUUUCCGCGGCGGUUUCUUGCACGUGCCUCAGAAAUGUCUCUCCCUGUGCGUCAGAUCUCAGCCAAACUGGGAACCAACGUUGAAACAGUUCUUCGAGCGGUCGUUGAAAGGAUUCCACCUCCCGCUGGGAGCGUCGGCGACCCGUUUAAAGCUCUGGUGUUCGACUCCAAUUUUGACCACUACAGAGGAGUGGUGGCCAACAUCGCAGUGUUUGGAGGUCAAGUGAAGAAAGGGGACAAGAUCGUGUCGGCAUACCUCUGUAAAACCUAUGAGGUCAAUGAGCUGGGCCUGCUGCGGCCAGAGGAGCACCCAACACAGAAGCUGUACGUGCCAAUUAGC